AUGCUGCGUCUCAUCCCCAUCCUCUCAACACUGGCCACCAGCGCCCUCUCCCUAUCAAUAAAACCCACCCCUAAUGCAGGUGCCGAUACCCAACUCCCCCUAGUAAUCUGGCACGGCCUAGGCGACGACUUCGAACGUGACGGCCUCGUCGCCGUAGCCGACCUAGCCGAAGCCAUCAACCCAGGAACCUACGUCCACAUAAUCCGCCUCGCAGAAACAGGCAGCGCCGAUCGCCAAGCCACAUUCUUCGGCAACGUCAGCGAACAAAUCGACCUAGUCUGCACCCAACUAUCAACCGACCCAAUCCUUAGCACCGCACCCGCCAUCAACGCUCUUGGAUUCUCCCAAGGCGGCCAGUUCCUGCGCGGCUACGUUGAGCGCUGCAACAAUCCCCCCGUCUACAACCUAGUCACAUACGGCAGCCAGCAUAACGGGAUAAGCGAGUUCCAAUCAUGCGGACUGAGCGACUGGUUCUGUAACGCUGCGGAGGCAUUAUUGCGGGCAGGGACGUGGGCGGACUAUAUUCAAUCGCAUGUGGUUCCUGCGCAGUAUUUCCGGGACCCGGAGGAACUGGAUGCUUAUCUUGAGCAUAGCAAUUUUCUGGCGGAUAUCAAUAAUGAGAGAGUGGUCAAGAGUGAGGUUUAUAAGAAGAGACUUUCUUCUUUGAAUAAGCUCGUUAUGUAUAUGUUUGAGAAUGAUACUGUUGUUGUGCCGAAGGAGAGUGCACAUUUUGCGGAAGUGAAUGUGACGGAUGGAACGGUUACGGCGUUGCAGAACAGGAGUAUUUAUGAGGAGGAUUGGAUUGGCUUGAAGGUUUUGGAUCAGCAGGGAAAGUUGGAGUUCAAGACUGUGUCUGGGGAGCAUAUGCGGAUGUCGGAAGAGGACCUGGAGAAGACUUUUAAGGAGUUCUUUGGGCCAGUGAAUACUACUGCGAAGGCUGAGGAUGUUGAGUCUCUGGGCUUGAUUGCGCAGCCGGCUUGA